AGCAUAUUCAAACAAUAGGCAGAAAAUCACCAUAACUGUUUCAAAAUCUUGAAAAUACAGGAUGAAAGCAGGCGCUGGACAUCUGAGGAUGGCGAUGGUGGCGUUAGCCGCGGCGGUAACGGUGGCAUAUCCUGGUACGGCGACAGCAUCGCCGCCGCCUGAAAAUCGAUACGCCAACGGCGGCGGUAGCGAAGCCGACAGAGCAACAGAUUCCCAUAGGGAAAAUCCAGCUGGUGCUGCGAGCAGGCACUCCGAUAAUGGAGAUACGCACGAAAGGUGGAAAAGGGCAUUCGCGCCUUGGAAUGGAGAACAUUCUGAGUUUCAAACAUACAGCAGCUUUUCGGUAUGGAAACCAGCGCCAUAUCAACUAAGCAGACCGUACUUUAUCCCAGUUUAUGGAGGAUCCGGACGUAUCCCGAUGUACUUUCCUCCUCAAUCCUUUGAUUACAACAGUCGUUAUCGUCCAAACAACAAACCUCCAUUCAAGGGACCCCCUUACUUACCUCCAAAUACACCUACCACGAAGGCACCUGAAGAAACAAUGACAGUAGCAUCACGGUUCGACUUUGAUGAUGAUGAUGACAGGCCCGUUUGGAUUGAAAGUAAUAACAAUGAUAAAGGAAUGUCUAAUGUGCCAACAAGACCUCCUCCUCCUCCAAAAAGUGCACAAGAUUAUCCUCCUCUCGUUCACGACCCUCAAGAUACAGGAACAAUACACCUCUCGGCUCAAGAUGAAGACACCAUCAAUGAAAUAUUUAACCAAGACACAUUCAGAACCACUCAAGCCCCUCCAAGAACUCUAGCCCCUAGACCUCAGAGACCUCAGAGACCCAGAACUACAACAGUGCCUCCUGUUCAAGGACCUUCUGGUCCAAGCAACUGCGUAUGGGCAGUAGUUUCUUGCUGUUCGGCAGCUACAAAUGUGUACCCUGAAAAGUGCUUUGAACAAAGAGGUUGUCCGGGACCUUUUUGGGGAAGUAGCCCGUGCGAUACUGAAUUUGCCAAGGCAGCUGUGGACGCAGCUUUGAACUAUUAUAACCAGUGAUUUGGUCUGGUUAGUUUAUGGUACAAAAUUUGUAAUGAGUUUUUUGACGAUGUAAAGCAAGGUAUUUUGUUCCUCAAAUAAAUACAAUAUUGUUAUACAUUCAACUAUAAAAUAGAUCAAUGUGUAUGUU